AUAAUCCACUACAACAAUCAACCGACCACGGCUUCAAGAUGCCGCGCAUCGAUCCGAUGAAACUGUUGGUGUGCCUGAGCGUGCUGCUCGCACCAAACGGAGGCAUACGAAACGCCGGAGAAGUAAGACGAUUAGCCAAUUUAAUGGCCAAGUUUUCGAAAAAAUUGGUCUCCAAAGCCAUUUACAUACAAAUACUGAAGUGUACCGAAACGGAGCUGCUGGGCCAAUUCAUGCAUACGGGCGGCUGGUCACUAGUGCACACGUGGCUGGCUGAUGGAAUCGGAACGAAAAAUUGGCCCCUUAUCCAGGAGCUGAUGGAGUUGCUGCUCUGCUGUCCGGUGGAUGUGGAAAGGCUUAAAAUAAACAGUACGCCUCGACUGGUCAAAUCCUUGUCCACCGAUUGUGCUCACGAAAGUGUGAAAGUAUUGGCAACGAAGCUGGUCGAACAGUGGUUGUAUAUAGUGAAAGCACCGAAACAAUCCUCCCCGAUGGUUCCUUUGACACAAUCGGAACUGCCAUCGAUAACCGGUCUGCCAGUCGAUGGAAAGCAGUAUCACGCGGAAGGAAUUCAAAAUGCUUCCAAGCAGCAGCAGCACGUGGUCGAACCGGUUAACGGAAUGGUGGGUAAUCAUAACAGUCAGCACAACGGCUAUGGAGACCAGCAUACCGUAAACAAUGGCGAGGUGGAAGAAAUGGAGAACCCGACCGAGACCAGGGAUAGUGUCGAUACGGGUAAAAAAACAUUCCAAGCGGCUGUUGGGGGGGAUGUUCAGCAAACGGCGAAGAAAACGUCACUCGUGUUGAAGAUUACAACCAAAAACGGAAAGCAAGUUGUGGCAAAGGUGAUUAAAUCGAGCAGAAAUAUUGAACGUGAUGUACCGGGCACGAACAAGUUGACUGGCUAUUUCCACGGGGAGGAUAAUGCUGAGGGUGAGGAGGAGGAUGAUGGUGAGGGUGAAGAUCAGGAGGAGGUAUUGGUAAACAUCGAAUCGGGCAAAUCUAGCGACGAACCAACGUUUGCCGUCAGAGCCGGCAAGGAUGAGCCGAUUGUUUCGGAUACGAAAAAAUCAGUAGAUGUACAGAAUGGGAUAGAUACUAGUAGUAGUAGUAACAAGGAAAGAAAUACGUCGUCAUCGUCGUCGAAAGAGAAGGAUCGACACCAUCACUCGCAUCGUGAUCAUCGGGACAGGGAGAAGGAUCGGAAGGGUAGCAGUAGUCGAUCAUCCUCUUCCAAGUCAUCCGGCAGCAGCAGCAGCAGCAGUAAACACAAAUCUUCAAGUAGUAGUAGUAGUAGCAGAAGCGUUAGCUCGAGCUCUAGUCGCAGUAAAGAUAAAGACCGCCACGGUAGCAGCAGCAGUAGCAGUAGCAAACACAAAAGCUCCUCGUCUUCGACGUCCAAGUCAAAUGGUAACAGCAGUAGCUCCAAGAGCAGCAGCAGUAGCGAUAAACAUCGAGACUCCAAAGACAGAUCCAGCCACUCGACAAGUGGUGGCAGCAGCAGCGGAUCAUCUCGAGAUUCGAAGAACCAAUCGCAAUCUCUCUCUCCCCCCAAACUAUCGCGUAAGGACUCGCGUGAAGAUGCAGCUGGUGGUGGCUCGAACGAUAGUGGUUCAGAAACGAGCACUACGAACACUAGCGCCAGCAAUUGUACAAAGUCUAGCAAAUCUGCCAUCAUUCCUAGCAAGAAAGCUUCGAUCUCGAUCGAAGUCCGAAAUCCGGAAAAUCGACCCAAGACUGUAAAAACCUACAACUCUCAGUUUCGCUCGCACGGUCUGAUUGAGGAAGCACCUCCGCCACCAUCGCGGAAAGGCUUGAAGAAACCGUCAUCGUCUACUUCUCCAGCAGCAACCUCGUCAGCUAAUACCUCCUCCACCACUGCAAUCGGAUCAACCGCGAUCGGUACGCUAAAGCGCAGCUCACCUACACCGAUAUCCGGUCGGGACGCAACGUUAGCGGCGGGAGCACCAUCAGCAGAGAAAAAGCCGAAGGAAGACCCAGUGGAGCGACCCGGAUCGAUCAAGCUCAUACCACCGAAACGUCAACAUGCUUUGGUUGAGUCUGAUAUGUUCAUGGAUGCGCUGUCCGCAACGCUGCGUAAGGACGUUAAGAAGCGUAAGAGGCGUACGAGUGGCUCGGAGAGCAGUAAUACCAGCACAACAACGGUGGUGGCUAGCAGUAGCAGCAGCAAGCCUGGCGAAGUGACUGCCGGUAGUAAACCAUCUGCGGAUACUGGAACGACCGCUAAAACACCUGGCAGUCCUACAAAAGCGGAUGAUUCUGCAACGGAAGUGAACACUCCAACUACUCCUACCUCACCGAAAGUUCCUACGAUUGCACCAAUGUCUUUCUAUCGGGACACGCUUGCUGAGCAGGAGGAGGAAAAUGGAGCCGAACCAGUGUCAACCGACGAAGUAAAGAACGAGGACGAUAAGAUUGAAAGCAAUGAUGCGGAAGGAAAGAAAAUAAAAACGGAAGAAACUGAGGAAGAUGAUGAUGAGGAGCCAAUAGUGAAGAAGCCCAAGCGAGUCAAGUGUGAACUUAACGAGGAUGAUGAGGACGAAAAUGGUAGUCCCACCUCCACGGAGAAGAAGACCACGACAUUGAAAAAGAAGGAAUCUUCCGAAGCUGGUGAUGCGGAUGAAAAGACUGAGCUGAUUGAUGCGGUUAUGAGCGAGGUGGAGAAAAAGAUUGCCGAAGAGGCCGAGGGUGAAAAGAAAGAUGGCUCCGUGGAGAAGGAUGAUGAAACACCGGUUGAUGGUAAAAAACCACCCGGUCCGGGCUGUGGUCCUGAUGGGCCACCGGGUGUGCUCGUGAUCCACCGACGGAAGGGUCCGAAGAAGCAGUUGCGCUGGCGUGUGGCCGAAGAAUUGGAAGAAGUCCGUUACUUCGAGUUAGACGUAACGGAACGCUGCAAUGUGACGAAAUCGUUCACGGACAUGAAGCAGAUGGAACGUGUGGAUGAGCGGCAAAAGUUUAUGCUUUCUCGUAAGGUUGGCUCGGAAGAUGUUAUGGUGGAAAGGACCGCGUGGCGUCCGCUGUUAGUGGUAGACAAUGUUCCACCCUCACCCGAUGGUAGUCAAAGUCUCGAGCGCAACAUUCAGCGGCAGCGUGAGCGUGGGUGUUUGCAGGCCCUUUACUUCAACAAGCACAUGAUACCCGACUCACCGUCCGAACCGGAUCCGGCCGAUAUGUACCAGACAGCCGAUCCGGUGCACAUUCCGCUGGAGGACGUUACCGGCAAUCCGGAUUCGGUGAACGAUUUCACCAGUGUGCCAUGGCCGGAUCCGCGGUCGACACCUCCACACGAAUCGGGAGGCUUCAACUCACCAUUCUUUCCCUCCGAUUUACCCCCGGCGGCCGGAUUUGGUCCGGGCGGUUUUCCACCACCAUUUGCACCGAGUGCUGCUGCUACAAUUGGACCCGGACCGUGGAAUAUGGGUCCACCAGGUGGUGCUGCUGGAGUUGUUCGAUCUGGUGGUGGAGUACUUCCGCCGGGUAUGUUUCCGCUUAAUCAACCACCACCAGGUAUGGGUGGUGGUGGGAGUCCAAACAUGCUUAACCUACCAAUGAGCAUGCAACCGAAUGUGCCUCCGCCGGGCAUGUUUCCGGGUGCGGCCGGGAACUUUAACGCACCACCGCCCGAAUUAAGUCUUAUGGCGGGUGGCGGUGGUCCUGACAUGGGAGGUAGACGCGGACCCGGUCAGGGGGGAGUCGAUUUCCGCAAUGGUCCACCACCACAGCAACAACAGUGGGUAACGGGCAAUCGGUCAUUUGGCGGUGGCAAUAAUCCAUCCCGCGGUGGUAAUGCUGGGGGUGGAGGUUUUGGAAACCGUGGGGGAGGUGGCGGCGGUAACUGGAACAAUCGCAACAACAAUGGCGGCAACAAUGGAAACCGAAACGGUGGCGGAGGCGAUCGUGGCCGAAUGGGUGACGAUGGUCGAGGCAACUUCCGGGGCCACUGGUUACAGAACAACCGUGGCCACAACCGAGGCGGAGGGGGACGGAAGUGGUAGCACAGAAAAAAGGAGGACGAGGACAUUUAUUGGGAUAG